AUGUCUCAGUUCAAGGAUGAGAUGAAGGAUGUCGACUAUCAGGUUGAGGUCGCCUCCGAUGCUCCUGAGCCAUUGGAGACCAAGUUCGCCUCAUUGGGACGAUGGCAGGCCGCCAAGGUCUUCUGGAAGGCCAUGUUGUUCUGCAUGAUUCUGAACUGGGCGGCAUUGAACGACGGCUUCCAACAGCAAGUGCCCGGUAACAUCAUCCCAUUGCCAGCUUUCGUCGAGCAGAUGGCAGACACCGUGGUCGAUGGUGCGCCCGCCGUCAGCGCACAGACGGUCUCCUUCUGGCAGGGUUUCGCGGAGAUGUCGAAGAUGGUGGGAAUGUUCGCUGGUGGAUACUUCGCAGAUAAGCUUGGUCGAAAGAAAGCGAUGAUGGGUGCCAUCGCAGUCCUUCUCGCAGGUUCCGUGGCCGAGAUUGCGUCCCACAAUUGGCAGAGCUGGCUCGGAGCUGCAGUUCUAGUCCGUCUUGGAGUUGGUCUUGCUCAGUCGAUCCUUGUCACCUACAUCUCCGAACUGGCUCCUUUCCAGAUCCGUGGUUUCAUGAUCGGUGCCUACCAGUUGAUGCUUGCUUUCGGCCAGCUCCUGUGCGCGAUUUCCUCUCAACUGGUCCAGACCUACAGGCCAAAUGCCUGGAGACCUCUGAUUGCGACCGAGUUUGUGUUCACUGGAAUCCUGAUCCUGAUGAUUUGGUUCGUUCCCGAGUCUCCUCUCUACUACGCACGAAAGGGCAACGCGGAACGCGCGAAGAAGUCGAUGAAGCAGUUGUACGGCAACGUUGCGGGAUACGACAUCGAAUACGAGUAUCGUGUCAUCGAGCACGGUAUUGAGGCCGAGAAAGCUCUUAUUCUGGCUUCGCAGGAGUCUUCUUUCUUGGACAUCUUCCGCGGCAACAACUGGCGACGAACAGUUGCUGGUGCUGUCGGUAUCUGCACGCAGUGGGCCGCUGGUGCUCCGAUCGUCUUCAGCUACUCCACCUACUUCUUCAAGGUCGCCGGCAUGAAGGAUCCCUUCCUCGUCACUAUUAUCACCUUCGUCCUUCUCAUCGUCUCGAUCUCCUGCUCGCUGGUAGCCUGCGAAUACAUCGGCCGUCGUCCUCUGCUCAUUGGUGGCUGCGCUCUCAUGUGCAUCUUCAACAUCGGACUGGCUACAUCUGGAAUUUUCAAGAGCGAUUCUGCUGGGAAGGCCGCCCUGGCAUGCUUGCUCAUCUGGGUGUUGUGCUACGGUGCUUCGGCUGGCCCGAUCGGUUUCGUCGCUGCUGGCGAGACCUCGACUCCUCGUCUGCGUGCCCAGACUACAUCUUUCAACUUGGGCUGCUACGGUGCCGGAUUCGUUGUGUUCCAAUGGACGAUCUCCUACAUGAUCUCGCCAGAUGCAGCAGACCUUGGUGUCAAGGCUGUCUACGUUUGGGCUGGUCUAUUGGUGCCCACCACUGCUCUCCUGUGGUUCUUCUACCCCGAGACCCAAGGACGUACCUACUGGGAGCUGGACGAGCUCUACCAGCGCAACAUCCCCGCCUGGAAGUUCAAGCAGACCAAGACUCUGUCCGAGAGCACCGGACAGAAGGCAGUGCCUCGCAGCCGAAGCGUCGCCUAG